AUGGGCCCCGGCUUCGCCUACGCCUGGUUGUGGGCCAUGCUCAUCCUCUCGGUCGCCGUCUACGCCCUGGACAGCUUCACCGCCGUCAACCUGCUCAUCUUCGACAAGUGGUCCUCCAACAUCGAGCCCGGGAUCCCCCUCAAGGUCUCCAAGUGGAUCUUCUCGGGCUGCAUCAUCCUCUCCUUUCUCAACCUCGGCUACGAGGCCGUCCGCGCCGUCCGCGUCAUGAAGCGCCGCAACGUCGCCGAGUGCUACCUCGACUCCCUCGCCGUCCGUUGGGAGUCGGCCCGCGUCGGCCGCGGCCAGGGCUACCGGAGGUUCCUCGUCUUCGCCGAGCUGACAAAGGGCAAGAAGGGUGGCCAGUACGUGGCCCUGUUCACCUACUUCAGCCUCCAGUCCUGGAUCCGCGUCCUCAUCUGCUCCGGGCCCCGCCAGGUCAUCAACGCCUUCACCUUCAAGUCCCUCUACGAGAGCAGGCUGGCCGUCAACGAGUCGAGCGUGGAGGGCUCCCUGUCCACCUUCUUCGAGAAGAUCGGCGCCCUCGCCAAGGAGGACUACCAGCAGUCGCUCGUGCUCGGUUCCAUGGCCUUCACCCUGAUCGUCUGGAUCUUCUCCCUCCUCUUCCUGCUCGCCGCCGUGCUCUGCUACAUCACCUUCCUCUGGCACUGGAUCCCCCGCGCCGACGGCGGCCUCACCGGCUACUGCGAGCGCAAGAUCAACGAAGCCCUCAAGAGGAUCGUGACCGAAAAGGUCAACGUCGCCCUGGCCAAGGGUGAGCAGAAGCAGAUCAAGGCCGGCAUCAAGGCCGCCAGGAAGAACGGCCUCGAUGCCCCCGACUUCCAGAGGCAGGCCACGCUCCCGACGCUGCCCAACAUCGCGCCCGGCCCUCCGCCCUCGGCCGUGAUGGCCAGGCCGGACGAGAAGGGCGACUCGCUCCCGGAGAUGCCCAUGCUCGGCCGCACCAACACGGGCCUGACGCUGCCGGCCUACACCUCGAGGCCCACGAGCCCCGGAGGCAUCGAGAUGGGUUCCCUCAACGGCAGCGUGAGGAAGCCGCCGCCGUCGCGUACCGGGACCAUGGCCUCGGCCGCCUCGGCGCGCGCCUACGACGCCGACACGUCGCUGCUCAGCUCCGCCGCCGAGAUGGGCACCGGCCGACCGCCCUCGCCGGUCCCGAGCCUCCCCGUCAUCGCCGCCGCCGCCGCCGCAGACUACGGCCGCGGUCCCGGAACCCCGGCCUCCCAGAGGUCGUCGGGCAACGGCCCGGCCGUCAUGGGCCACAGGUCCAACAUGUCCAACGGGUCAUCGUCGCGCGGCGGCUACGGCUACGGCUACGGCGCCGACGGCGGCCCGAUGGACCCCAGCAGGGUCGCCAGCCCGGCCCCGUCGGCAAACAUCAUGUACCAGCCGCGCCCGCCGCAGCCGCAGCCGCAGCCGUACUACAACGCCUACGGCGGCGUCGCCGCCGCCGCCUCGGACGGACGCGCGAGCCCCGCCGGCUCCUACCGCGGCAUGAUGCCCCCCCUGCAACCGGGCCGGAGCGCGACGGGCCCGAUCCCUAACCGGGGACCGUACGGUCCGCCCGCUCCCCAGAGGAACAUGACGGCUCCCAUGCCGCCGCGCGGACCAGACAUCUACGACCGCCCCUCGACGUCGCAGAGCAUGAGGGGCGGAACUCCUCAGCCGUAUCCGGGUCAGGGUCAGGGUCAGGGUCAGGGUCAGAGUUACGGAUAUGAUGUGGAGAGGAAUGCCGGGCAAAGGUAUUGGUGA